AGGCUUGGGAGGAGUCUCGGAGAGGGAGUAGCUCCAGUUGGGCUGGGCUUGAAUCCGUCCAGUGAAAUAUGUGUAGCCUAUUAAAAGAUGGGCCAGAUUUCUCUAGCUGACAUCAAUUUUAUUUGUCUUGGGCCGAUAAACUUUCCGGCUCAGCCCAUGACAGCGUAUGUUAUGUCUUCCAUCGUGUGUAUUCUACACUACUCCUGAUGCUAAAAAAAAAACUAAGCAGUCUCCUGAUGCUAAAAAAAACUAAACAGUCUCCUCUAUCCUUUUGAAGAAAAAAAAUUAAAUGAUCUGUGCCAAAAAAAAAUGUAGAACUUGCCAAUGUGGGUGUACAAUAGGAAAAUUGUACAACGGGUGCUUACAAAGAAACAUGAGGCGGCUACUUUUUUUAAUGUUCAGAAAAAUGUCUCAUCCAGUGAGAGAAAUCUUAGAGAAGCCUCUUUGAGAACGAGUCAAUGGGCAACGGAAGGAUGCAUGCACGGAACGAAACGACGACGACCACACGUGGUCAAUUGACCACUUGUGAUAUUGUUAUACCAGAAGGUAGCUGCAAAUUGCGAAACAAGAACAGGUCGUCCAUUCGUUAGCCUAUGCCAUGCGUUCACAACCAGCUGUUAAUCCCAAGUCCUCUCUGCCUUUAUAGUCUCCUAGGCCUGCCAAUAACUACGCAGGCACGCUGAUCCAAAGGGGGCACCCAUGGAGAUGAAGUUCUCAUGGCUUCUGCUCGGGCUUCCGGCCGUGUGGAUGCUCGCCGCCGCGGCCGACGUCCCGGCGGCGAGGGGACCAGGCUGUUCAGCGAGGUGCGGCGAGAUGGACGUCCCGUACCCGUAUGGCUUGGACCCGCAGUGCGCGAUCCACGACGGAUUUGUGCUCAACUGCACCACCGUGGGCCGCGCCACCAAGCUGUUUCAUGGCGGCUUGGAGGUGAUCAAGAUCUCCGUACCCGACGGCAAGGCCUGGGUGAAGACUUGGAUCUCUCGGCAGUGCUACGACCAAACCACCAACGGGAUGCUCUACAACAACGCACAGCUGUGGCUUGGCAACCAAUACGUUCUCUCAGCAGAUGAUAACAAAGUCAUUGUCAUCGGAUGCAAAAGUCUCGCCUACAUGUGGAGUGACUCCUACAUAAUCGGGUGCUCGUCAACAUGCGACAUAAAAGCACUCAAGAACAGCUCGUGCUCUGGUGCAGAUGGAGAUGGGUGCUGCCAGGCAGAUCUACCGAAAGGUGUGAAGAAAUACAUAAGCUAUUUCAAUGUGGACUACAACACCAGCCAAAUAUGGCAGAGCACCCCUUGCAAUUAUAUCGCAGUGAUGGAAACCGCAGCCUUCAACUUCAGCACCACCUAUCUCACCUCAACGGUGUUCUACGACAUGGACAACUCGCUGAUACCAACUGUGCUAGAAUGGGGGGUAGCACGGAACACAUGUGGGCAAGCCAGAACUAACAAGACUACGUAUGCGUGUGUUAGCAACAACAGCGACUGCAUCGACAACAACUACGUGGGUUACCGCUGCAAGUGCUCCCCAGGAUACAAAGGCAAUCCAUACGUCUCUGACGGUUGCACAGAUAUCGAUGAGUGCCAAGACAAUGUUACUUACCCAUGCGCUGGAAUAUGCAAAAAUACACAGGGGCAUUUCACUUGUUCAUGCCCGCCUGGACAAGAUAGGAUCAAUGGCCUUUGCGUGAAAGCUCACAAGUCAAUUUGGGUGGCGCCGGUUGUUGGUGGAAGUGUCGGGCUAGUUGUUCUUCUCAUAGUCGCCACUUGUGCAUACCUAAUCCGAGAGAGGCGUAAGCUGCACCGCAUCAAACAAAAGUAUUUUCGGCAGCAUGGUGGUCUGAUACUAUUCGAGGAGAUGAAAUCACAACAAGGCACUGCCUUCAAAAUCUUCUCGGAAGAAGAACUACAGCAAGCCACACACAGGUUUGAUGAGCAUUGGGUCAUUGGCCAUGGAGGCCAUGGCAAAGUCUACAAGGGAGUUUUGAAGACCGAGGUCGAAGUAGCCGUGAAAAGAUGCAUGACAAUCGAUGAGCAACACAAGAAAGAAUUCGGCAAGGAGAUGCUAAUCCUAUCCCAAAUCAACCACAAGAACAUUGUCAAGAUCCUCGGCUGUUGCCUUGAAGUUGAAGUGCCCAUGCUAGUGUAUGAGUUCAUCCCAAAUGGUACGUUGUUCGAUCUAAUCCAUGGUAAUCAUGGCCGACACAUCUCCUUGGGCACUCGCUUGAGGAUUGCCUGUGAGUCUUCAGAGGCAUUAGCUUACCUUCAUUCCUGCGCAUCUCCACCAAUCCUCCACGGUGAUGUCAAAUCUACAAACAUCCUCCUGGAUGGUGACUACACAGCAAAGGUCUCCGACUUUGGUGCGUCCAUCCUAGCACCAAGCGACAAAUCGCAAUUUGUCACGCUAGUCCAAGGAACUUGUGGGUAUCUUGACCCGGAGUACAUGCAAACAUGCCAACUAACAGAUAAAAGCGAUGUGUAUAGCUUUGGAGUUGUUCUCCUAGAGUUGCUCACGCGCAAGAAGGCACUCAACCUUGAAGGGCCUGAACAUGAGAAGAGUCUAUCGAUGAGGUUUCUAUCCGUGAUGAAGGAAAACAAACUUGAAGAUAUCCUUGAUGAUCAAAUCAAGAGCAAUGAGAAUCUGGAGUAUCUCGAGGAGAUUGCAGAGUUGGCGAGGCAAUGCUUGGACAUGAGUGGUGUGAAUAGGCCAUCAAUGAUGGAGGUUGCAGAUAAUCUUGGGAGGUUGAGGAAGGUCAUGCAGCAUCCAUGGGCACAUGAAAAUUCUGAAGAGUUGGACAACUUGCUUGGAGAGAGCUCUAUGUCUAUGGUCAGCUCGGCUGUUACUACAGAAGCUUUCAGCAUUGAAAAAAGAGUUGCUAUGGGCUUGGAAUCAGGGCGUUAGCCAACUGUGCGUGCCAUUGUUUUGUUGCAUUAUGGAUUGAAGGUGAUGUAAUUGUUUUCUUAGUUUGUUUUUAGGAAUUAGACUUUGUAGAAGAAUUAUUUCUUUGUGGGCUUGUGGCCCACCGAGAUGAUGUUUGCCAUGGCUAUUACAUUUAUUUCUUGCUA